ACCACCACCAGACCAUCCUCCCAGCGCACGCAACACCUCGGAUCGAAGGAGAAGGCGUCGGCGCAAACUCCGCGAUGAGGACGAGGAAGGAGAAGGCGUCGGCGUGGAGGUCGCUGCUGGGCGGCUGCCUCGGCGGCGGAGCCAAGGGGGACAGGCGGCGGAAGGUGCGUCCGGGCGGCGGCGGGCGGCUGUCGUUCACGGACCUGAGCGGCGCGGCGGACCAGGACCUGUCGGUGUCGCUGGUGGGGUCGAACCUGCACGUGUUCAGCGUCGCGGAGCUGCGCGAGGCCACCAGGGGCUUCGUCUCCGGCAACUUCCUGGGCGAGGGCGGCUUCGGCCCCGUCUACAAGGGCUUCGUCGCCGACGGCGUCAAGAAGGGGCUCAGGCCGCAGGCCAUCGCCGUCAAGCUCUGGGACCCCGAGGGCGCCCAGGGCCACAAAGAGUGGCUGGCGGAGGUGAUCUUCCUGGGGCAGCUGCGGCACCCCAACCUGGUGAAGCUGGUCGGCUACUGCUGCGAGGACGAGCACCGCCUCCUCGUCUACGAGUACAUGGAGCACGGCAGCCUCGAGAACCACCUCUUCAAGCAGAUUCCUGCCGUGCUGCCUUGGUCAACCCGACUAAACAUUGCAGUGGGCGCCGCAAAGGGUUUGGCUUUCCUCCACGACGCAGAGAAGCCGGUGAUCUACCGUGACUUCAAGGCCUCCAACAUCCUGCUCGACUCGGACUACAAGGCCAAGCUGUCAGACUUUGGGCUGGCCAAGGACGGCCCGGAGGGCGACGACACCCACGUCUCGACGCGCGUGAUGGGCACCCAUGGCUACGCCGCGCCGGAGUACAUCAUGACGGGCCACCUCACGGCGAAGAGCGACGUGUACAGCUUCGGCGUGGUGCUGCUGGAGAUCCUGACCGGGCGGCGGUCGGUGGACAAGGCGCGGCCGAGCCGGGAGCAGAACCUGGUCGACUACGCGCGGCCGUGCCUCAAGGACCCGCUCAAGCUUGCCCGGAUCAUGGACCCGGCCAUGGAGGGCCAGUACUCGGCGCGGGCGGCGCAGAGCGCGGCGCUCGUCGCGUACCGGUGCCUCAGCGGCAGCCCCAAGAACCGGCCGGACAUGUCCGCCGUCGUGGAGGCCCUGGAGCCGCUGCUCAGCCUCAAGGACGACGAGCCCCUGGGGCCGGCGGGGCCCGUUGGUCCGUUGGUGCUGUUCGUGGCGGCGACGGAUCAGGCGCCGGCGCCGGAGGAGAAGAAGGAGCGGGCACCGAGGAAGGACGUCCGCCGGCGCAGGCCCAUGUCGCCCAAGGCGAGCCCCAGGAAGCGCGCCGGCGCCGGCCAGAAGGAGGAGUUCUGGGUGUGGCACCUGCCGGCCGAGCAGAUGGCCUGACGCGUCUGAGAUGAGCGGAUGAGCCGUUGCGUGCAUGCGUGUGUGUACAUAUGAGGUGGCCAAGUGCUAUUGGUUAUGAUCAUAUGCAUCCCUGUAAAUCUCCUUGGGUUUUUCAUUUCAUUAUUAUUAUCUGUCGUUACAGUGAGAUGCAGAGUGUGGCUCGAAACUAGAGCAGUUUAUAUACACCGGAAGCUUUCUGUUCUUUACACGUCUGUAUGCUUGUCUUCAAAUGAAGCUACAACAAGAAUUGUACAAAAACAUGUCUAUACAGGCCAUGGGCAUGUGACAGAGAGGGUACGGUUCUUGAGCAGUGAUUGGCAUC